UCCCCGCAGGCAGGGAGGCUGUGCCAACCUUACGCUGGCUCCGGGCGCCCGGGGCCCCCCUCCGCCGCGCAAUGGGCACUGUGCCCUCGGCACUGAAGCACUGCCUCAGCUACCAGCACCUCCUCAAGGAGCAGCUGUGGAUCGGGGAGCCGGUCGCGCCGCCGCCUGCGGUGCCGCACCCCGGGCAGGAAUCUCAAGCAUCUGGACUGCCUGAGUACAUAAAGAUUGUAGAAGUUGGGCCAAGGGAUGGAUUACAAAAUGAAAGGGUGAUAGUCCCAACUGAUAUCAAAAUUGAGUUAAUCAACCGGCUUUCUAAAACAGGCCUGCCUGCAAUAGAAGCGACCAGUUUUGUUUCAUCCAAAUGGGUGCCUCAGAUGGCAGAUCACAAAGAAGUAAUGAGGGGCAUUGAGCGGCAUCCUGGAGUUGAAUAUCCUGUUCUCACGCCUAAUCUUCAAGGUUUUCAUGCUGCUGUUGCAGCAGGGGCGACAGAGGUCUCCGUUUUUGGCGCAGCAUCUGAAACUUUUAGCAAAAUGAAUAUUAAUUGUUCAAUUGAAGAAAGCAUAGAAAGAUUUGAAGAAGUUGCUAAAUCUGCAAGGAAUAUGAAUAUUCCAGUGCGUGGGUAUGUGUCAUGUGCAUUGGGCUGCCCAUAUGAGGGAAACAUCAUACCAGCUAAAGUGGCAGAGGUAUCUAAGCGGCUGUACAGUAUGGGCUGUUACGAAAUCUCUCUGGGGGACACAAUUGGUGUGGGGACUCCUGGAAGUAUGAAAAGAAUGUUGGAAGCUGUUAUGAAAGAAAUUCCUAUGAGUGCUCUUGCUGUUCACUGUCAUGAUACGUAUGGCCAGGCAUUAGCCAAUAUCCUCACAGCCAUACAGAUGGGAGUUGCUGUUGUAGAUUCAUCUGUUGCAGGACUAGGUGGUUGUCCCUAUGCAAAAGGUGCUAGUGGAAACGUUGCCACAGAGGAUGUGAUAUACAUGCUAAACGGUCUGGGGAUCAAUACAGGAGUAAAUCUUUGUAAAGUGAUGGAAACUGGAAACUUCAUCUGUACAGCUUUGAACAAGACAACAAACUCCAAAGUUGCACUAGCUUCCUUCAGUACUGGAGCUAUCAAUUAAAUGGAAUGUUUUUGCAGCUUAAUAACAUUUCUCAUCUACCUUGACCAAGGAUAUUUAUAUCAAGAAAACAAAUGUUAAAAAACUGUUCCAUAAAGAACCAAAAUAGAACCCAUAUAUAACUUUUUAUUAUGGGAAGAAUUAUUGUACAGUACUUUGUUGUGAAUUGUCCGAUUUGUAAGUAAAAAUACGUGACUGUAGUAGAGAACCCUACUUGGUAAUUAUACAAAUGCAUAAAUAUCAGGACAUUCUAUCAAGUUUGAAAUUAAAUUUUGGGGUGGAGGGGGUUGGGAAAACUGCACAGAAGCAGUGAACACAUAGUUAAUUUUGAGUCAAGAUGACUUUUAGGACAGUACAAAUAUCUGCAGUAGUUUAUGUGAUCCCACACUGUGUGUGGCCAUUCUAUUGUGUGUUUUAUUUAUAUG